AUGGGAAAGCGCAUCAAGCAGCUCACUCGCUCCAAGAGCACAUCUCCUAACCAUACUCCCAUCCGUACUCCCCCAGCCCCUCCCAGCCCCGGUCACGACGACAACGAUCACAACGACGAAGGCGCUUCCAAGUUCCAAACACAGAGACCUCCAGAAGGAAGAGGAAAGCCUCAAAGUCGCCUCCGUCAAGCUCAAAGGGUGAAGCCACAUCAUCCUCCUCGUCCACCUUUUAAGAGGUCAUGGCCAACGAAAGUUGAGUUGUGGGCUAUUGUGAACAAUUGA